AGCUGAACGAAGGAUUUCUCAAGGCUCAGUAGCACGGAUGGCAGGCUGUAGACUGAGCUCACAACAAGCUUCGACUGGUUGAGGGUUGGUGAGUCACUGCCGAGCAGAAAAGUGAAAGUACAUCCGGAGUGAAAGAGAAAUACCAUAAUUGCCUAAUUAACUGCAAGGAUCAGCAAGUAAGGGGAACAAAGUCUGGAAAAGAAGCAAGUGGGACAGGGUGAGCACAGCUCUGGAGGCUUUCCUGAAAAAUCUGGAGGGAUAAACUGUGCAGCUGGAUGUGAGUUCCCGGCUCUGCUUUGCUGACUGACAUUUCAGCCCCGGAAUAAUGGCAUCUAUGGAGAGUUCGGUCCCGGAGGGGGACGAGGGCACAGGGAUGAACAUAGACCAUGUGAAGCUGAUGCUGCAAGCUGAACAUGAUCAGGUUCAGAACCGAACCUUUACAAACUGGAUGAACACGCAGCUCGCUAAGCACCAGACUCCGUCCACUGUAAAUGAUCUCUUCACUGACCUGCAGAACGGACACCGACUCCUGGACCUGCUGGAGGUGCUCUCCGGUCAGCAGCUGCCCCGGGAAAGAGGGCUGAGAAAUCCCAUUCAAUGGAGGAGCAACAUCGAGACAGCUUUGAAAUUUUUAAGGAAAAAAUCGAUCAAACUGGUGAACAUCAAUGUUCCUGAUAUUGUUGAAGGGAGGCCUACCAUCAUCCUGGGACUGAUCUGGUCCAUCAUAUUACAUUUCCAUCUAGAGGAGCUGGCUGGCAGCCUGGAGUUCUCCCGCCCACCCUCAGUGGAGUCGCUGUGCAGCUUAGAUUCCGAAUCCUCAUGGAGCCCACCUCGGAGACACAGUCCGUCCCUGCAUACCAAGUGGAAGGUGUCCGCACGCAAAGCACUCUUACUCUGGGCUCAGGACAAGGCCAAGAAGGUGGGGAUUGAGAUUCACAACUUUAAUACCAGCUGGAGGAGUGGCCUUGCCUUCCUGGCCAUUAUCCGAGCCCUGCAGCCUGGCCUAGUGGAUAUGGAGAAGCUAAGGAACCGGACAAACAGGGAGAACCUGGAGGAGGCAUUCCGCAUUGCAGAGCAGCAUUUCAAUAUCGCCCGGCUCCUGGAGGCACAAGAUGUGGAUGUGGUAAAUCCCGAUGAGAAGUCGAUUAUAACCUACGUCUCACAGUUUCUUCAGUUCUCCAAGCAGCCAGCCACGGGGGAGUGGGAGUCUGAGGAGCUGGCUCCUUUGGCCCAACCCUCUGCUCUCUUCAGAAACAAACUCCGCCCUUUCCACAGAGACCAGGAGGAUCUGACCCGAAAGGCUGAGGAGAUCACAGAAUGGCUGAGCCAGAAUGAGAAGGAGUUGUCUGAAGCCUUAGUUCAGGCAGUGGGUGUACGGUACGAGGAGAAAUACCAGAUGUUCCAGAGAUACGAUGCUGCCAUAAAUGACAGGAAGAAAUCCAUCAUGGCUGUCCUCUCUGCUCUGAAGAAGGCAUCGUCACCUCCUGGGGACCGAGUGCGGCUGAAACAGACCUGGACCAAGCUGCGAGCCACGAUGAAGGAGUGGGAGGUGGCCCUGGACUAUAGCCUUCCCCCGCCACUGGACAGUGUGGGAGCCUGGGUUUGUACAGUAGAGAGCCACCUGACAGAAGACAGCACAGAAGAACUGGACUAUGAAGAGGCAGCGAGCCGGGCACACACAAACCUCCAGAUGUUUAAGGCCCUGAUGGAAGAAAACAAAGUGCAUCUGGGAAUCCUGCAGGACUUUGCGGCCCAGGCGGGAGCCGGAGGUGUGGCUCAGACCGUCCCACAGCAGAAGAUGGAGGAGCUGCUAAGGAGGUUUAUGGGUGUGCGAGUAACUGCCAAGCACCAUGGGGUCAGGCUGGAGUUCCGUGCCAGCCGGUACUCUGUCCUGGCCCUGCUUUCCUCGUCCACGGUGAGGCUGGACUCCUGGCGUGGGCCGUAUACAGACCAGGACAAGGUGGAGCACCUGUUGCUGGACUGGAAAGGCUUUGUGGAGGGCGAGCGGUUUCCAGCGCGGGUGGAGGCAGCACUUGACAGACUGCGGAAGGCUGUCGGCGAGUGUGUGAGCCGAGCAGCACUGGCCGGUGACCACGAGCAUGUUACCAAUUGCUUGAGGGAGGCUGAAUCGGAAUGGAGUGAGCGCAGCAAGUUCCUGUGGGAUGUGAAGGAGGUUUUGGAGCGCGUGAUUACCACCUGGGGGCUGUACCGGGAGGCUGGCCGCUCACUGUGGGGAUGGUUCUCUGAAGCACACAAGAUGCCCAUCCCUUCAGAGACUCCUGUACCAGAUCUGCCUCGGUGGCGUCCUGUGCACCAGUUGCUGAACUCUGCUGGAAACUUCCUGAUGGAAGUGAGCGAUGAGACGCGGGCCUGUGAGAUCUCGGCGGAGCUGGGAGAACUGAACACCACGUGGGCUGAGCUGAUGGUGAAGUGGAAAUGUGUGUCGUGUUCUGAUGUAGCGGAGGAGACGGGUUCAAUGGGGCUACUUGUUGGUCAAGGUGAAGGGUCACUGACCCGGCCGCUCACCAUAUCUGCCUCACCCGUCGUGCAGCAGGAUCCAGUGCAGAGAGUGAUGGAUAUUCCGGACUCCGGGCCAUGCUCAGCAGAGCUGGAGCGAACUUCGGAAGCCGAUGUAAGAAGCAACUUCGAGGCCUGCCGUCAGCGUGUGGAAGCGAGCAUUCAAGGGGCUGUGUACUUCCUCCAGGACAAAGGGCUGCCGAGAACCCUGCUGGCCAAGCACCAGGAAGUAUUCAGCAGUUUCAAUCCUUGGAUCCUACAAAGCUUUCUCGAAGCCACAGACAAAAUCAAAGGUAUCAUACCUGUGGACAGGAGGCCGUCGGUGGAGGAGAUGAGAGAGGUGAUAUGCAGCAAAUGGGAGACUGUUCGCUGCACAGUGACCUCCCAGCUGUACCGGCUCCGGUUUGAGGUGGAACACGACAACUUCCAAAAGGCGGCCCAGGAAUGUGAGAUCCAGCUGGGCAAGGAGAGCGUACUCUACUCACUCUGUACAGAGGAGCUGCUGGAGGAGCAUCAGCUGUACUUUUGUGAAAAGAAUUCUCUGGCUGGAGCCCAGCAGCAUUUGGUGGCUAUGAGGGAGUUGUAUGAGGCCUUGAGAGAGCACAAUGUGGAGCUGGACAUAAAGGCUCAGCUUCUGUCCUGUGAGGAGCGUCAGGAGGUACUGGAGGGGCUGGCGGAUAGUGUCUACAACAAGCUGCUGCAGCGCUGUGGGCACAGACAAUCCACACAAGUCUCUCCCCUUGGAGAGGACCCUGAUGGCACCACAGAACUAGCAACAGAGAUUCAGCUUAGAAAGGACCAGGCUAAGGCCAAAGGAGCAGAACCAGGGCAAGGGCCAGUGACUGAUGGAGAGAAAUCUGCUCAAAACAAAGCCAUGAUCUUAAGUGGGGAAGAGCAGCGGAGUGAUCUACUGAGGGAGAACAUUGCUCAAAUGAUAGCUGUGUCUGUGAAUGAAGCAGACAGGACUGAUAGAUCAGGAACAGAGGAAUCUGCUCAAAGCGUCAUCACGAUUAUAGCAGAAGAACAGGCUGCUGAGCUCACUGAGGAGGAUUUUACUCCAAUGAAGAGGAUUGAAGAAGACCUUAUUGAUAAGCAAGCAGGAGAUUGUGGUCAGCCGGUGACGGAUUCUCCACGGGGACAUGUCCAUGCUGACCAUUCAGACAACCAGGGCGUUCGUCCGUUGGUAUCAGUGGCUUUGACUGGACCAGACCUGGGUCACAGCCCAGUAAGAGAGCAGUUAGUUGACAGAGUGACUGAUGUACCUGGGGAAGAGCAGAUCAUUGACAUAGAGAGAGAGAGAGAGCACACUGCUCACACCGUGACUGAGGUACCUGGGGAAGAGCAGAUCACUGACAGAGAGAGAGAGGACACUGCUCACACCAUGACUGAUGUACCUGGGGAAGAGCAGAUCACUGACAGAGAGAGAGAGGACACUGCUCACACAGUGACUGAUGUACCUGGGGGAGAGCAGAUCACUGACAGAGAGAGAGAGGACACUGCUCACAGAGUAACUGAGGUACCUGGGGGAGAGCAGAUCACUGACAGAGAGAGAGAGGACACUGCUCACACCGUGACUGAUGUACCUGGGGGAGAGCAGAUCAUUGACAGAGAGAGAGAGGACACUGUUCACAUAGUGACUGACUUACCUGAGGGAGAGCAGAUCACUGACAGAGAGAGAGAGGACACUGCUUACAGAGUAACUGAGGUACCUGGGGGAGAGCAGAUCACUGACAGAAAGAGAGAGGACACUGCUCACACAGUGACUGACUUACCUGAGGGAGAGCAGAUCACUGACAGAGAGAGAGAGGACACUGCUCACACAGUGACUGAUGUACCUGGGGAAGAGCAGAUAACUGACAGAGAGAGAGAGGACACUGCUCACACAGUGACUGACUUACCUGGGGGAGAGCAGAUCACUGACAGAGAGAGAGAGGACACUGUUCACACAGUGACUGACUUACCUGAGGGAGAGCAGAUCACUGACAGAGAGAGAGAGGACACUGUUCACACAGUGACUGACUUACCUGAGGGAGAGCAGAUCACUGACAGAGAGAGAGAGGACACUGCUCACAGAGUAACUGAGGUACCUGGGGGAGAGCAGAUCACUGACACAGAGAGAGAGGACACUGCUCACACCGUGACUGAUGUACCUGGGGGAGAGCAGAUCAUUGACAGAGAGAGAGAGCACACUGCUCACACAGUGACUGACGAACCUGAAGGAGAGCAGAUUAUUGACAGAGAGAGAGAGGAUCAGUCAAUGACAGUGGCUCAGAAUGGAGAUGAUGAGUGGGUAGACAUGAAGGUAGCAGAUGGUUGUGUGGCAUUGCGGCAGCAGCAGGUGGCCGGGAAAGACAAGCGUGAGCCACCGAAUGAAGCUUCCUCUCAGCCUCUCAGCACCACCGAGGAGGGCGAUGGGCCCAUCAACGAGGACUCGGGGCAGUCAACUCACAGUGUGGAGCAGGAGUUAGAUGACUGUGAUUGGGACAAGGCAUGGGGGUCAGUGGAUCCUGAGCCCAGGCAGACCGCUGCUCGGCGUUCCCUGCAGACCCAGGUUUCCGGGGAAAGUUACCCACCUGCAUCGCCAUGGCUGACUGGGGUGGAGGAGAGUGUCGCUUUACAGUCAUUACUGGAGGCCUUCAACACUAAAGAACAGCAGCUUCUGAGCAGUUUGCAGGCCACUGAGGGAAGUCUGGAGGUGAUUGGGCUGAGGGAAGGCUCUCUGGCUGCAGUGCAGCACAGGCUGCAGUGUCUGAAUGAGCUGGAUUACGAGCUGCAGAGCCGGAGCCCGGAGCUGGACAACCUGCGGCAUCUUAGUAACCAGAUCGUGGCGAUGAGCGGUGCCCACGCAGGCCAAGCCACACGGAAGCUGGAGGAGGUGGACACGAGAUGGGAAGACACUAAGAAACAUAUCCAGGAGUGGCAUGACCAUUGCUGUGUCCUGGUGGUGCUUCUCCGAGAGACCCAGAAGAUUACAAAGGAUCUUGUGAGCACAGUGCAGGAAGCAGAGGAGGCAAUGGCAGCUCAGGGGCACUGGGAGCGGAGAGAUAUUCUGCAGGUGGCAAUAACCAGACUGGAGGUAGUGAAACGCGACUGCACUGACCAGGAAACUAACGUGAUGGACCUGCGGAGCCUGGGUCAGCAGCUGGAGUUGGAACUGAGCAGAUUGGGCUGUGACUCUGAGCUGUUCGGGAGUGAAGCUCAGUGCUUGGUGCAGCGCUGGCGCAAGGUGAUGGAAACGCUGGACAGCAGCACAGCCCGACUGAAGGCAGGGCUGUCCCUGUGGGAGCAACUGAGCAGCUCAGCCACCGAGGGGGAGAAGUCAGAGGCAGUGAAGUGUGAGAUUGUGAGAGCGCGGGACAGCAGUCUGGAGUUGUUACAGGGUGAAAUUCAAUGCCAGGAACAGAAGAUUGAAAACUUACGGGAAAAAACUGGUGAAAUUCAGGAGCUGCUGCAGUGGCAGGACACACCAGAGGAAUUACAGGUCCUGGAGACGUGUCUCAGACUGAGGCUGGAGGAGCUAAUGACUGGGUCCCCCACACAGGGUGUGGAGAUGAGUAACGGAGCUGUGGGACCAAGUCAGGCUGGGCUGGAGACCCCUGGACCCUCCCACAGCUGUCCCCUCGUGGUGCCUCCUGGUGACCUGCAGGUUUCAGAUGUUGCUGUGGGCAGUGAGUGUGAGCGUCUGUGGCCGGGGGUUCACAGCAGGAUGACGGUGAUGGAAGGUGAGGUCCAGCUGCUGGAGGAGCAAGGCUCAGAGCUGGAGCCCCGGGAGCUGCAGGAGCAGCUACAGGCACUGGAGGCUCUCUAUACAGAACUGGAGAUCAUCAGACACGCACUGGAGCCCAGCGCACAGCCUAGAGCAGAGGGAAUGUCACUGACACACAGUGGAGCAGAGGGAAUGUCACUGACACACAGCGGA